GGGCUUGUGUUGGGGCCUGUUGUUGAACACUAAGCCUUUCAAGAUGGUCCUCCUCAGUAUUCUUAGAAUUCUUUUUCUUUGUGAACUCGUGCUUUUCAUGGAACACAGGGCCCAAAUGGCAGAAGGACGGCAGUCCUCUAUUGCCCUCCUGGCUGAGGCCCCUACCUUGCCCCUGAUUGAGGAGCUGCUAGAAGAAUCCCCUGACGAACAGCCAAGGAGGCCCCGGCUCCUAGGGCAUUCACUGCGGUACAUGCUGGAGUUGUACCGGCGUUCAGCUGACUCGCAUGGGCACCCUAGAGAGAACCGCACCAUUGGGGCCACCAUGGUGAGGCUGGUGAAGCCUUUGACCAAUGCGGCAAGGCCUCGCAGAGGUACCUGGCAUAUACAGAUCCUGGGCUUUCCUCUCAGACCAAACCGAGGAAUAUACCAACUAGUUAGAGCCACUGUGGUUUACCGCCAUCAUCUCCAACUAUCUCGCUUCAAUCUCUCCUGCCAUGUGGAGCCCUGGGUGCAGAAAAGCCCAACUAAGCACUUUCCUUCCUCAGAAGGAGAUUCGCCAAAACUUUCCCUGAUGUCUAACGCUUGGAAAGAGAUGGAUAUCACGCAACAUGUUCAGCAAAGGUUCUGGAAUAACAAGGGACGCAGGAUCCUACGACUCCGUUUUAUGUGUCAGCAGGAAAAAGAUAGUGAUGGUCUUGAGCUCUGGCAUGGCACUUCGUCCUUGGACAUUGCCUUCUUGUUACUCUAUUUCAAUGAUACUCAUAAAAGCAUUCAGAAAGCUAAACUUCUUCCCAGGGGCAUGGAGGAGUUCAUGGAAAGGGAAUCUCUUCUUCUCCGGAGAACCCGACAAGCAGACGGUAUCUCAGCUGAGGUUACUGCCUCUUCCUCAAAACAUAGUGGGCCUGAAAAUAACCAGUGUUCCCUCCACCCUUUCCAAGUCAGCUUCCGCCAGCUGGGUUGGGAUCACUGGAUCAUUGCUCCCCCUUUCUACACCCCAAACUACUGUAAAGGAACUUGUCUCCGAGUACUACGUGAUGAUCUCAAUUCCCCCAAUCAUGCCAUUAUUCAGAACCUUGUCAAUCAGUUGGUGGACCAGAGUGUCCCUCGGCCCUCCUGUGUCCCAUAUAAGUAUGUUCCAAUUAGCGUCCUUAUGAUUGAGGCAAAUGGGAGUAUUUUGUACAAGGAGUAUGAGGGUAUGAUUGCUGAGUCUUGUACAUGCAGAUGACAGCAAAAGUACAGCUAGCUCAGGUUUCCCAGGA